AUGAUGCCAGCUGUGCAGCUGCUGCUCCUGGCCUGCCUAGCGUGGGGUGUAGGGACCAGGGCAGCCCAGCUCCGGAAGGCCAACGACCAGAGAGGCCGAUGCCAGUAUAUCUUCAGUGUGGCUAGCCCCAAUGAGUCCAGCUGCCCUGAGCCAGGCAAGGCCAUGUCAGCCAUCCAGGACCUCCAGAGAGAUAGCAGCGCCCAGCAUGCAGACUUGGAGGCAGUCAAGGCCCGGCUUAACUCCCUGGAAAGACUGCUCCAGCAGCUGACCAGGGAUCAGCCUGCCCAACCACAGGACAUGGGAGAAGGGAUGCAGAGGGAGCUGGGCACCCUGAGGAGGGAGCGAGACCAGCUGGAAACCCAGACCAGGGAGCUGGAGACGGCCUAUAGCAACCUCCUCCACGACAGGUCUGCUCUAGAGGAAGAGAAGAGGAAACUGAGGGAGGAGAAUGAGGACCUGGCCAGGAGGCUGGAAAGCAGCAGUGAAGAGGUAGCAAGGCUGAGAAGGAGCCAGUGUCCCCAGGCCCGAGACACCUCUCAGGACACACCACGAGACUCCAGGGAAGAUUCUAAAUGGAAUUUGGAGAAAAUGGACUUCCAGGAACUGAAGUCAGAAUUAACCGAGGUUCCUGCUUCCCGAAUCCUGAAGGAAAGUACAUCUGGCCAUCCUAGGAGUAAAGACGGUGACACAGGAUGUGGAGAGCUGGUUUGGGUAGGAGAGCCUAUCACUCUGAGAAGAGCCGAAGCAAUCACUGGCAAAUAUGGAGUGUGGAUGAGAGACCCCAAGCCCACCUCCCCUCACACCCAGGAGACAACAUGGAGAAUCGACACGGUUGGCACAGACAUCCACCAAGUUUUUGAGUAUGACCUCCUCAGCCAAUUUGUGCAGGGCUACCCUACCAAGGUACACAUACUGCCCACACCACUAGAAAGCACGGGUGCUGUGGUAUACGGGGGGAGCCUCUAUUACCAGGGGUCUGGAUCCAGGACUGUAAUCAGGUAUGAGCUGAGCACCGAGACAGUGAAAGCCAAGAAGGACAUCCCUAGAGCGGGCUACCAUGGGCAGUUCCCAUAUUCCUGGGGUGGCUACACAGACAUUGACUUAGCUGUGGAUGAGACAGGUCUCUGGGUCAUCUACAGCACCGAGGCUGCCAAAGGAGCCAUUGUCCUUUCCAAACUGAACCCAGAGAAUCUGGAACUUGGGCAAACCUGGGAGACUAACAUACGUAAACAAUCAGUCGCCAAUGCCUUCAUCAUCUGUGGCACCUUGUACACCGUCAGCAGCUAUUCAUCAGCUGAUACUAUGGUCAACUUUGCUUAUGACACAGGCACAGGCAGCAGCAAGGCCCUGACCAUCCCAUUCAAGAACCACUACAAGUACAGCAGCAUGAUUGAUUACAACCCACUGGAGAAGAAACUCUAUGCCUGGGACAAUUUCAACAUGGUCAUCUAUGAUAUCAGGCUCUCCAAGAUGUGA